AGCUGACAUCUCCCGCUUGUGGCCAUUGCUGGCAGGCUCUAUGUGUCGACCAGUCUCCAGUUGUUAGUGUCGCCGUUUACGCCGUUGCUGACGAGUCGCUGCAAACGCGCAAGAUAUCUUCCGGUUCGGUAAACACACCUCUUCCGCACGCGCCUCGACAAGAUUCCCCGCUGUACACAUCUGGACACUUCCCGCUUCUUCGUGCGUUCGAAACCCCUUAAGAUGACGGUCAAGUGUGCGAGCUCGAGGCUCCUUCGCGUCGGGGGUCACAAUUUCCAACGAUUGUCGCGAAAAUCGCAAAUUGCGUCAUGGAUGCACACAAGCAGUUGGCUUCGCUCAUCACCAUCAGCCUCCGAAUCACCGGAGUUGGAGACCGAGAAAAAACUCUCGUACCAUUGUGAAGUGGGUACAACCCCGCUGAAUAAUCGGACGCUUGGAAAAUGCAUAAACCGGGCCGCCGCAUCAUCCGGAGACAAAGUCGCUUACACGUUUGUAGAGUCGAACCGGAGUUUCACAUUCGGUGAAUUUCGAGAGCAUGUCGAUCGAUGUGCGAAAGGGCUCUUAGCCGCGGGACUUUCGAAAGGCGAUACUCUCUUGAUCUUCGCGCCGAAUAUCCCGAACUGGCUUUUGAUUUUCGCAGCCUGCUCCAAACUCGGAGUUGUGAGUGCCAGUGUGCACCCCGCCUAUUCGAAACCGGAAUUUUUCAAUGCCAUCGAAAAAGUCAAACCAAAAGCCAUUUUCAUCCCGGACGAAUUCAAAACGAUCAAAUUCUACGGGAAUCUCUGCAAAUGGAUCCCGGAGUUGGCGACUUCGUCCCCAGGACAGUUGAGCUCAGCGCAAUUCCCCUCGAUCAAGACUGUCAUCGUCGAGUCGGAAAAGACUCUGCCGGGGACUGUGAACAUGAAAGAGAUCUCUCAAGGGGGUAAUGCCGACCUUGAGGCAGCCGAAGCGAAAGUGGGAUGCGACGACCCACUGACAGUGAUUUUCACAUCGGGAACCACAGGAUCUGCGAAGGCAGCAAGCUUGAUCCAUCAUGGCUUCAUCAAUAAUUGUCAAAUCGUGACUGACAUCAUGGUUCGCACCGAGGAUCAGCCUUGUAUUAUGAACCCCUUGCCGCUUUUCCACGUGUUCGGAUUAUUGAGCGCCACUAUUCCUAUCCUGAGCGAUUAUCGGACAAUUUUCCCCGCGAUCGGCUACGAUCAAAUCGCCAUAAUGAAAUCUAUCCAGGACUACAAGUGCACGCGCAUGACUGGCUCGCCGACGAUGUUCAUCGAUUUAAUCAAUCAUCCGGAGCGAUCGAAGUACGAUAUGUCGAGUCUCGUCUACUGCACGAUGGGCGGCUCAAUAUGCACAACUGAAACGAGAAAACUAGUCGAAGAGACCUUCGGAUGCCUCUCUCUCACAGGAUAUGGUUCCACUGAGACGAGUACCGUAUGCUCGCUUAUCCGACCGGACGACCCGCCGGAGAAGCGCAUGGUGUCCGUAGGAAGACCCCUGCCUCACGUCGAGAUGAAAAUUGCCGAUCCGGAAACCGGCGUGGAGGUCCCGUGCAAUGAGACGGGCGAAGUCUGGAUCCGGGGCUUCAAUAUAUUCAAUGGAUACCUCGGUGAAGAAGCAAAGACCAAAGAUGUGAUAACGCCUUCGAGAUGGUACCGAUCCGGCGACAUAGGCACGAUGGACGAUGAAGGUUACUUCAAUAUCGUCGGCCGAUUGAAAGACCUAAUUAUCCGAGGCGGGGAGAACAUCCAUCCCAUUGACGUCGAAGUUGAACUCGACAGCCAUCCCGCUGUCGAAGAGUCACAUGUGAUCGGAGUCCCCGACAAACGAUUGGGUGAAGAAGUAUGCGCUGUGAUUGUGCUCAGAGACGGUGCCGAAGCCUCACCUGAGGAGCUCCGAGCUUAUCUCAAGGACAAAGUCGCCUAUUUCAAAAUCCCGAAAUAUUUUCUGUUCGAGUUAGACGUACCCAAGACGGCCAUCGGAAAAGCGCAGAAGAACAAAAUGCGAGAGGCUGCAACGAAGAAACUUGGCCUAUGAGUCUUCAAAUGGCAUCACUACUGAGCGUACCCGCACGUACAAAUCGAGACUAUUUGGAGAGCAUGCUUCUUGUCCCGGGGAUGGGGGAGACGAGAGGACUGAGAUCCCUUGUUGUUGCUGUAAUAUAUCCAUUGUAAAUAACUCUUCCCCCCAUGUGACCACCGUAGGCUUCUCUCGGGAGGUCCCAGGUUUAUUUUAUACGGAAAAAACUUGUUAUUCAGAAUUCAUUGGCGGAACAGCGCGUUCUGAGUCCGGUUCUUGGAUACAAUCGUCUUUCAAUCGACCCUGUUUUGGGGAAUC